AUGGCUGAACAAAGGCAGCGAGCUUUAUCUACAUCAGGAGAAGCGCUGUAUGAAAUCCUGGGUCUAACGAAAGGGGCAGCCCAUGAUGAAAUCAAGAAAUGUUACAGGAAGCUGGCUCUGAAAUAUCAUCCUGACAAGAACCCUGAUAACCCAGAAGCAGCAGACAAGUUUAAAGAAAUCAAUAAUGCUCAUGCAAUACUAACUGACAUAUCCAAAAGAAACAUAUAUGAUCAGUAUGGAUCAUUAGGGCUGUACAUAGCAGAACAAUUUGGCGAAGAAAAUGUCAAUACAUACUUCAUGCUUUCUAGCUGGUGGGCAAAGGGCCUGUUUGCUCUUUGUGGCCUUUUGACCGGCUGCUACUUUUGCUGCUGCCUGUGCUGCUGUUUCAACUGCUGUUGUGGCAAGUGUAAGCCCAAGCCGCCAGGGGAAGAACAGGAGUUUUGCAUGUCUCCCGAGGACCUGGAAGAACAAAUUAAGACUGACAUGGAAAGAGAUGGGGAAACUCCAAUUCUACUUCAGCAAGUGACAAAUGCAAGUGAGAAAACUCAGCUUAUUGGAGACAGUCAUCGUAGCUAUUAUACAGAUUCAUAA